AUGCCUCCUCAGCUCAAAUUCAACUCCUACGGCGUUCCCUACCUCGUCGAAUUCUCAGAUGUCGCCUUCCGCGCCGGCUCGCGCUCUGACCUGCGGUCGGCUUCUCCUUCGCUCCACCCCUAUCCGUCGUCCACGACGUUGACAGCAGCGUCCACCGAAACGCUUGCGAACCCGGAGGGGGACGGCCUGUACAUUCAGUUCGCGUCCCAUAAGCCUCACCAGCCGCACAAGCUGUCCGACGGUCGUCUCCUUCGGCUGAAACAUAGAAUAGCUAAGGCGGUCGUCGCGGCGGGCAUGGACUCCUCUCCUGCCGCAGACGUCUACAAAUCGAUAGACCAAAUUCCGUCUGGACGGCUCUCCCGCAGCACCAUCCAGUCACUCGACGUUGCGUACGGAGAUCACUCCGGCGCGCUCUUCCGGGGGACUUACGGGCAGGUGAUGUCCGCACUCACUGCUGUGGGGCUAACGACAACACCGUGCACAGAGACGGGCGUCAAAUCAGCUACCCGUCUAGGCGCUCUGUUUGUCGCUAAGCCCACUGAGCAGGGUAUAGUGGAGCUCAGGAAGCUGACUUUGUGGGCUUAA